AUGGAGGGGCUACUACACGCAUUCGUUUCUCGGGCUGAGGACGAUGGGUACGCCCGCGGCAAACGAGCCUUGGUCGUCACCGCGGUUCUCACCGGUAUUGCUACCCUGAUUGUCAGCAUGCGGUUAUUUGCACGGCUUGGCCUGAUGAAGAUUACGGGGCGAGAAGAUUGGACCAUCCUUAUAUCUUUGAUAUUCUCCAUUAUAUACCUCGCUCUCGUCGCUGCGCAAUUUCAUUAUGGAAUGGGAAUCCACUCCGAUCGGCUUUCGACCAGUGUUUUGCAGAACCAGCUCAAGUGUCUUUGGGCGGCAAUUCCAAUGUACAAUGCUAGCCUGGCGUUCACCAAAAUUUCCAUUCUUUUCCAAUAUCUCCGCAUCUUCCCCGCACGGUCCUUCCGACUCGCUUGUUAUAUUGUGAUGGGGGUUGUAAUCACAUACUCGACCUGGGCUAUCGUUAGUGGCUAUGUGAAUUGCGUCCCCGUGGCUAAAUUCUGGAACCAUGAUUUACCUGGACAUUGCUUGAGUUUUGAAGUUAUUUGGUUCUUCAAUGCGUCAAUGAACAUUGUUACCGAUGUCACUCUGCUCUUGCUCCCGAUGCCUCUGCUUUUCAAGUUGCAGUUGCCAAAGAUGCAAAAACUGGCUCUUAUGGGAGUUUUUGCUAUUGGUAUUCUUGUCGUUAUCACUAGUAUCCUUCGCCUGUCUAGUCUACGGACUGUUGCUAAAAGCUCAGAUACUUCAUAUUCUAACGUUGGGGCUGCCUUCUGGACCGCGGCGGAGUGCAAUGUGGCCAUUAUCUGUGCUUGUCUGCCAUUCCUUCGCCCUAUUAUCAGCCAUAUCUUUCCCAAGCUUCUCUCAACCAACAGCUACAAUCGCUACACCACUAAUGAUCGCACUAAUACCCGCAACGUCACUGCCGCUCGCUCGCAGCGGACUCAAACAGAAUUAUUCAGUCAAAACAUGGACAAAGACUAUGAUAUGUACUCAAUCAAAGUAAAACGCGGUGACCAAUCAAGCCGAAGCUCUCUCGGGGGUAUCGAAGUCACGACUGAGAUGACGGUCAGCCAAGAGGCCAAGCAUGAUGAGAGCAUCAGCGAGCGGAGACUCGUGAUGGAUUCGUCAUGA